AUGGCAUUUGCCAAAGAUUUACCAGUCAACAAUUCUGGUAAAUCAAUACUACAGCAGCAUGAGUCCGAAGAAAAGCGUGGUGAAAGACUGCUUCCCAAUGUACUUGAGAAGUUCGCGGCCGAGGACCCAGAUUAUGUCUUGGGCAUGAAUGCAGUUUACGACGAUAGUGCUCCAACACCCGUCACUUUCACCAAGGUCACGGUUUCACAAAUCGACAAUGGGGUCAACUACAUGGCGUACUGGUUCAAACCAGUGAUCGCAGAAAACAAUGUGGCCCCCGGCGAAACGAUCACCUUCUACGGACUCCAGGACUUCAGAUAUCUCAUCCUCGAGAUAGCAUGCAUGAAAAUCGGCCAUCCACUACUCAUAGCACGACCUGUAAAUGCCCUCGUCAAUACAGUCAACCUAAUGAAAACCACGAAUUCGAGACUACUUUUCUUCUCUGGGAAGUACGGAAGCCAACAACAAGAUUAUGAAAGACUUCUCCCUGGAACAAAAAUGAUUGAGAUCCCAUCAAUGGAGGAGAUGACACGAUCGCCAACGAAGAAGUACCCGUACACCAAGACAUGGGAAGAGGCAAACCGCGAGACUGUCCUCAUAAUCCACACCUCAGGCUCGACCGGGAAUCCGAAACCGAUUCCUCUCAAUCAUUUGUACCUCCGACGAGUUGACAAGGAAUGCGACUUGCCACCUGUCGAAGGCCGGAUGUGUGCGACUAUUGAUAUCAUUAUGCCUGGAACUUCAGUUUAUAUUGGCACGAACUUCUAUCAUUUGAGUGGGCUUGGAUUCGUUUUCUGCGCACUGUUCCGACGAUAUACCAUUGUAUUUGGACCGGUGGAUCAGCUUCCUACUGGCAAGAUUGCAUUCGAUAUGAUUCGGAGCAUGAAGUUCAACGGGUUGUUGAUGGUGCCUAGUCUUCUUGAUUGGGUGUUUGCUGAUCAUGGGGAGGAGCUCAAAGAGCAUCUUGGAAGUUUGGAACAUGUUCAUUGGCUUGGUGGUAUGUCUUUUCCCUAGCGACUUUCUUUCCUUUCAUAACUAACAUUCCAAAGCACCACUCGGUCAAGCUACCGGCGAUUGGGUCAUCAACAACCUCCCCAACGUGAUUCUCUGGCAAAUCUACGGCUCAACAGAAGCCUUCGUCCAACCACUCCUGAUAUCCGCCCGCUCACACUGGAAUCACAUAGAAUUCCAUCCAACCGUCGGGCCCUCUCUGGAACCCAUCGAUGAAGAAGAAGGCCUCUACGAAGUCGUCAUCAGACACCACCCCAAUUCCGACCUCGACUGGACCCGUCCCGUCUUCGACAUCUUUCCCAACCAUACCGAAUGGCGAAUGGGCGACGUCCUACGUCGCUGUCGCGACCCCGGGUUCGAGAACUGCUACAAAUUCGAGGGUCGAAUGGACGACAUCAUCACCCUGAGUACUUCCGGUAAAGUAAAUCCGCUUCACAUCGAGGCAGCCUUCCAGACUCAUCCGCUUCUGCGGGCCUGUCUGGUUUUCGGGGAGGGGAGGGAGUAUUGUGGGAUGCUUGUUGAACCUAAAGACUAUAACAUCGAAAGAGAGACGUUGGUCGACUCCAUCUGGGGGGCUCUGGAGAAAGUUAAUGAAAGCGUGCCGGCGACGGCGAGGAUGAGGAGGGAGAUGAUUGUUGUUUCGGUAAAGGAGAGGUUGUUUCCUAGGAGUAGUAAGGGGGCGCCGGUUAGGAAGUUGUGUUUUAAGCUUUAUGAGGAGGAGAUUCGGGGGUGUUAUGGGGGGUUGUGAUGUGAUAGCGUUGAGGGAGAUCCAGAUUACUUGAAGUGAGAUAUUAAUCGAGUGAGACUUGAAAAUCAAGGAUUACAAUAGAUAUGCUUGCAAUAAAGGAUUCUUCUCCUUUUUGAAUACCGAUUCUAUAGUAAAACGGCAAAAGGAAUCCCCUCACGUUAG